AUGACUUGCUUGUUGCGCUUCCUCAAGUUCAUGGAGAACAAGUCGUGGAAGAUUGAGAAGCGUGGACCAUUGUAUGCAAGGCCAUUUCAGUACCUCAAGGGGAACAUGGAGAUUGUCGAGAAUGGAGUGACGAUCAGGCCAGAUCACGAGCAUAUCAAGGAGUUAGCCCAAGUGACAAAGGUUGAAGGAAGAAAACCAAGGACGACGCCUGGAGAUGGCAAUUUCACGAAGUUGAAGAAGGACGAUGAACCUAUGCCAGCAGACCAGGUGACCCAAUACCGGAAUGCAGUGGGGAAACUUUUGUACAUUGCAACUGACCGCCCAGAUGUUCAGUUUGUGUGGCUCAGGGCUAAGCUUCAUCGAUGCAGCGGCUAA